AAAAGACUGUAGGAGCACAGGCAUGUUCCAUGCAGUUUUGUUUACAUGCUUUCAUAGCUUUGGCUUAGCUAUUAAAAAAUUCUGAUAAGAUGAGAAUGAAUCACAGAGUGAGUGACUGAGAACAGAUCUUGUAUAUCAUAGUGUCAUUUGGGGACCUAAUGUUGCAAGGUUGGGCGUUAAAAUAUUUUUAUUGCACUGGAAUAGCCUACAGCCAGCACUAAUUAUCGCUGAUGUUAAUAAAUGGAAAACAGGCAAAUGCCUCUACGUUGCAAAUAUAAAACUGGCACGAUCUCCCCUCGGUUUGCUAUCUGCAGAAGGGGGAUUGCUGUCACGAAACUGGCAACCUCAUAGCUCAUUGAGACCACAACUAUAAACAAGCGGAGCACCAUCUCCGGUUAGCUAAGGCUAAGCUAACCAACUUUCUCUCUCAGUCAGUCAGUUCAUCUGGGUCCUCCAGUCCAUUUGAAGUGCUCACCUUUAAUCAAAAAUAAUGACAAUGACCUGACCAAUGGAUCACUGCAGUGUGUGCUCAAUCAGAGGGUCACUUGUGGAGGUAGAUCAUGAAUGACAAACUAGUCUUCCUGGGCCUGCUGUACUUUGUCCAGGGCAUCCCCUACGGUCUCCAGUCGUCCCUGCUUCCUGUUUACCUACGUGGAGCUGGUCACUCCCUCACCCGCAUCGGCUUUACCAAGAUCCUCUACUUCCCAUGGGUCCUCAAGGUGCUCUGGGCCCCUUUGGUGGACCGGCUUGGCACAAAGCGCCGCUGGUUGGUGGGCACAGUAUCUGGGCUGGCUCUGACAUGCCUCUCCAGUGCUGCCCUGGCCCCAGAAGCACAUAUCUGGGGAGUAGCAGGAACCCUUUUGGCCAUGAACACCUUGGCCUCUGUCCAGGAUAUUGCUGUAGACGGGGCCGCGGUGGGGUUGUUGAAAGGUCGUGGGGAGCUCGGGUUGGGCAACACAGCCCAAGUCGUUGGCUAUAAAGCCGGAUCGGUGUUUGCCGGAGGCGGGCUGCUGGCUGUGAUCGACGUGGCUGGAUGGAGCUGGAUGUUUAUGCUGCUGACGUUUGUGUAUGCUGGUGUGGCUUUGUUUGUGUGGGGGGCCCCUGUGCUGGACGAUGAGACUUUGAGGGGCCAACAGGCAGAUGGCAGCAGGAGAGGAGGGCAAGGAACAGAUGCUAUGAGGCCAUGGAGAGUGUGGAGGAAGAUGCUGGCGGUGCCUGGCACCCCCUGGACAGUCCUGUAUGUGCUGACAUACAAACUAGGUGAGCAGGGUGCAGUGACAAUGUUUCCUCUUUUCUUGUUGGAUCAUCACAUGACCGCCAGGGAGCUUGGCUUCUGGAACGGCGUCAUCGCCAUGGGCUUCUCCAUCUGUGGGUCAUCCCUUGGAGGCCUGCUGCUCGCCCAGUUCAGCAUCGGGGCUCUGAUGCGACGUGUGUUUGUUUUGCGAACCAUCAGCAUGGUCUUCCAGAGCUCACUACUCACAGUACUGGAACCAUCACCGCUUAUGAAAGGUAUGGCCGUCCUGAGCAUGAGUGUUCAGCACUUCUUGGGCGGGCUCAUCACCACGCUCACCUUCACUACCAUGAUGCAUUGCACUCAGAGGGCCGAGGAAAGCAUUCAGGCGACCCACUACAGUUUCCUGGCGACUCUGGAGGUGCUGGGGAAGCUGACAUUCAGCGCUCUGGCUGGAGGCGUGGUGGAUUGGUUUGGUUUCCAAGUUGCCUUCCUCUUCUUCCUCACCCUCUCCGCUGGGACGGCCCUGCAUGUGUGGACGGCUACCUUCACUGGUGCUCUCAGGGAACACCAGCUCAAAGAACAGCCCAAGUGAGAUCAGCAUCGGGGCGAUAGGUCCUUACACGGGGCGUUGGCAGGUGCUUGAAAUGUUUUGAAAUAACUUGACAACCAGUAUUCAGACACCUCAAAAGUCUUUGAAUCCCGAUAAAUAUAACACUCACAACUUCAGCAAAUCAUUUUCGUCUAAAAGAUCUUGAAUGAGUUCUUGUUCUGCCAUUUUUAAGGAGAAAUCAGCCAUGCGGUAAAUUACUCUUUUACAGAGUGUGCUUUUAUUUUUUUAGUUUGUCUUUUCAAAUUGCACAAUUGUCAUUUCACUGGCAAAACUGGCCUUAUGAUUUAUUUAUUUUGCAUUUGACCAUGUCUGGAAAAGUCUUAAUAUUUAUAGUAGCGUGAGGAAACUUGCAGAUAACACAUAGGUAAGGAUGAGCAGAACCGGCAGUGAUGCACAGUCAAACUGUGGAGAGUUAAGAAGUACUUUAGGAAAUAUAAUCUAAGCUUUUUUUUAGUCAUCUGAGCCAUUUUUCUGAUUUGAUAAGCCAGCAAUAAGAGCUGUAGCCAAAAGCAAUAUUGCUACUCUGUGACGCUCGUUCUAUCAUGUUGUACUGUAUGUGAAUAUAUUCGUCAUUCUCCCAAGUUGUAUGGUUUACAGUUCUAAACAAAUGAAUCUCUACUACCUCGUAUCAGCGCUGUAUGGUACGAUACACAGGAGGCGAAUGUACAGUAGCUGCACCAAGUAGAGCAAACCCUUGUUCACGAUGAAUAGUUACAGCACAUACAUUAUAUGUUACCUAUUAGCCACAACAGUUAGCCAAAGUAGGUUUGCAGUUAGUGCAGCUGUUUCCUUUUAGGAAGAGAAUAACAAUGCAGUUUAGCUGUUGAAUAGGGAGCAUUUAUUCUGUUUAAGUUACCACAGAUUUUCAGAGUAAAAUCCCAAAUGGGUGACUGCUUUCGCCUUGCGCGAAAUGUCAGCCUUACACACUGCAUGGUGCCAUCUUGUCUUCGUUUUUCAAAGAAUGAGACGCAUCAAUAAACUCUUUGAAUAACUUGAUAAAACCUAAAAGACCAAUACCACUGGCAAACUGCAGUCACUUUUGUGUUCUAUGUUUAGAAAAUAUUAAUAAUAUGUACUAUAAAAUAUAUUGUAAUGCUCCAUGGUACUGUACGCUAUAUAGAAUAAUUCUCCAGGCUAAAAAUAUGAAUGAAAGCAGCACAGAAUGUUUUCUUUUCAUCAGGCUCUGUACUGUAGGUGAAUGUAUUCCUAGAAAUUAAAUCUUAGACCUCUUCCUAACAUACAGCGAGCAGGCAAAUGCUAGCAGAUGGAGUACAAAAAAUUGUCUACAUAUUCUUUGAUCGAUGUUGCAGCAUGAGGAGUGGAUUAGAUUGUUUUUGCAACCUAAUUUAUUCCUCUGCAAAUGAGUAGAUAUUUAAGUUAUUAUUCAUGGCUUUCCUGCUGUGGAUAAUAUCAGAUAUGCCACUUCUUAACCUUGGAAAGAAUAUUUAUUCAAACCGUUUCUGACCAGUGCAAAGUGAAAUUGCAGUGUUGGAAUACUGGAAGUCCACAAACAAAUUUUAAGUCUAACAGCCGCCAGUUGCAAGUAGCCUAAUUGUUCUUAAGCAGACCGAUUGGGAUGCACAGCUGUCAAUCAUGAUGACAAAGCCCCUUUUUAUAGCAUCAAAAAACUGUCUGAAACUUGACUUUGAUAUAGAUCAAAGUAACAAAAAACAACCUUAAAUGACAGAAACCAUCUUUGGGAAAAAAUAAUUUGACAUGUACAAGUUUGAUGUCCAAUCCACUAACAUUGAGGGGGCGGGCUUUAUGACCUAAACUGCAGUAAGCCAUCAGGGGGCUGCAGGGGAACUGUCAUGUCGUCCAUCUAUAUCUACAGUCUGUGAGCCAGAGAGAGAAAUUCCAUAGGGUCAAUGCUGACUGCACAAUACAUAAAUUAAUCAGACCCCAAAUUUGAUGCCAUGCCCAACUUAAAACAUUAGCAAGUGCAUAUAAACUACAUUGUAUCCCAGCUGCUAGGUGAUAUCAAGCCAUAAACUGUUCUGGUUUUUGAGCUAGUCGUGAGUGUUUGCCUUGCAAUAUUGGCUGUUGAGAAACCAAAUUAAUAAGUCUUCCCUCCAUUUGGUGGCAAGCUAGCUAUGACCUGGAGGUAUGACAUCAGGUACAAUGGAUUUCUUUCUCUGAAUUUCUCUCUUAAGAAUCUGUGCUUGAUGAAAUGACUUUUUAUCCAUGUUGACUGCUGACUGGGAUGGAAACGGAAACGUCAAGGACUUCAGGGCGCCAGUGUCGCUUUUAGUCAAUAAAAAUAAGUUGAGGUGGAGCAAGACGAGAAACGUUGCAAAAAUAGAGCCAAGUCGAGCUUUUUUUUCAUUUCAUUGGGAAAAACUACAGCAAUGUCCACUUGUUGGCAUUGCAUCUCGUUAGGAAGAGGUGCUAAAAUUAAGAAUUAUGUUGAAAGGAGACAGGCACAUAAAACAAGUACGGAUUGGUUUAUAUAAAGACAGUAAUCUCCGUAAUUUCAACCAAAAUAAACUUGCUUUCACCUACAUCAUAACUACAGGAAUGCCAUAUCACACCAUUUCUGAUUCAUCCAUGUAGCCAGGUCCUCUGUCAUGAGAUUUGCACAAAAAAUAAAGCUGCUGAGUGAAUCUUA